AUGGACGCCGCCGACAAGAUCAUCUCCAGGGCCGAGGAGGACGCCAGCCCCGAGCGCUUCCCCCGCCACGACGAGAAGGAAGCGCAUAUCGAAAAGACGGAAGCACAUGAGCCGAUUGCGCGAACAUACACAUCGUCGACUUCCUCUUCGUCAUCCUCCGGCGCCUCUGACAUCGAGCGCGAUGCCACCAUGUCGCGAGCGCCUACCCAGCGAGAAGACGUCGACCUCGAGCGCCAUCCGACCGCAUUGAGCCGCAUCCAGACACAACGCAGCCAGCACAGCGCUACAGUGGGUGCCAGUCUUAAGAGCAGGCAGUCUAGGAAGCCGUUACCCGCAUUCGGUGCUGGGAAACCUUAUCCACCGCCGCUGCCAGAAAGAGAGGAGUAUGUCGUUGAAUUCGAGGGGCCCGAUGAUCCUCUGCACGCGCAGAAUUGGCCUAUGAAGAAGAAGCUCUUGACUGGCGCGAUGCUUGGAUUUACCACUCUUACCGCGGCGUUCGGCAGCUCCAUUUUCAGCGCUGCGACUCGUGUGGUAGCUCGGCAGUAUGGUGUUGGCGUUACCGUCGGUGUGUUGGGAACAUCCUUCUACGUCCUGGGUUUCGCCACUGGUCCAAUUCUAUGGGCGCCUCUUUCUGAAUUGAAAGGGAGACGCCUUCCGCUCGUAAUUGCCUCUUUGGGAUUUUCCAUCUUCAACAUCGGUGUUGCGACAGGAAAAGACCUGCAAACUAUUCUCAUUUGUCGUUUCUUUGCUGGCUUCUUCGGUGCUUGUCCUCUGACGUGUGUCGCCGCUGUCUUCUCUGAUAUGUUCGAUAACCGCACCCGUGGCAUGGCUAUUACCAUAUUCUCAAUGACGGUCUUUACUGGUCCCUUACUAGCACCUUUUGUUGGUGGCUUCAUCGUCAUGUCCCAUCUUGGCUGGCGGUGGACUGAGUACAUCGUCGCUAUCAUGGGAUUCACGGCUUUCACCUUGAACAUCUUGUUCCUCGAGGAGUCGUACCCGCCGGAGAUCCUUGUUAAGAAAGCGUCCGAGCUGCGUCGUAGAACUAAGAACUGGGGUAUACACGCCAAACAGGAGGAAAUUGAAAUUGACUUCAAGGAGCUCAUGCAAAAGAACUUCAGUCGUCCGAUAAGAAUGCUUGUCAGCGAGCCCAUCGUCCUGCUCUUAUCUAUUUACAUGGCUUUCAUCUACGGGCUGCUGUAUCUGUUCUUGACCGCGUACCCCCUUGUCUUUCAGGGAGUCCACCAUAUGAAUUUGGGAGUGGGAGGUCUGCCUUUCUUCGGAAUGAUCACUGGACAGUUGCUGGCCGGUACCUUGAUUUUCAUCCGCCAACCGGGAUACCAGAAGAAGCUCGCUGCGAACAACAACAUGCCAAUUCCCGAAUGGCGCCUGCCCGAGGUCAUUGCCGGAGGUGUAUGUUUCGCUAUCGGGAUCUUCUGGUUCGGAUGGACUGGCUACAAGGAGUCAAUCCAUUGGAUCGUACCGACAUUGUCUGGUGUACUGAUUGGCUUUGGACUUCUGAGCAUCUUCCUGCAGGCGUUGAACUACCUUGUCGAUGCCUAUCUUAUGUUCGCCGCCUCCGCCAUCGCCGCGAACACCUUCCUCCGUAGUAUCUUCGGGGCUGUGUUCCCACUCUUCGCGCAGCAAAUGUUCAACGGCAUGGGCAUCCAAUACGCCGCCACACUUCUAGGUUGCGUUGCCGCUGUCCUUGUUCCCGUACCGAUAUGGUUCUACCUGCGAGGUGCGAAGAUCCGAGAAAAGAGUGCUUACGCACCCACGUUCAAGCCAGCGCAAGACUAGCUUUGUCAAGCAUAAUACAAAGAACAAUGCCUAGGCGUGAAUAGAAACGAUGCGGAAAUUGUUAUGGGUGAAAAUGCAGCACUUCUGGCAGGAGCAAAGGGAAGUGCGGGUGCAUGUUUCUCGAGGUUGAGAUGGUGAAGGGCUUUAUCUUCUUGUAUAUGAUACCACAGUUGUGCAUUGGCGUCGGAUCACGCCGGAUAGCGAUCACCGUACUGAUUGUUCUAGUUCAUUUGUAAUUCAGCGUUGGAGCUCUGUCUAUAGUCACAAAAAUAAUACCGUCAGUCCAC